ACGGACUUUCUCAAAACGCGACGUUUUUUUCUUUCUCAUUCGUUGUAUUAUACGUUCUUACGGUUGAUUGUUUUUUUAAAAAAGUCAACGGUUUUUGGUGUACCGCUCAAUUCGCCACGAUGCGGUAUUGCCUGGUAGUACUCGAGUGCCUCCUGGUCGCUUCGAGUCUAGGAGUCCCGGUCAAAACCGUCGAGAAGCGAGACGCCCCUCUGCCCCAGUAUGACUCACCACCAGCACCUUCCCACGGCGCCCCAUCGCAAUCUUAUGGUGCACCAGCUGCCACUUAUGGCGCACCUUCGCUCUCUUACGGUGCACCAGCGCCCUCUUAUGGACCACCAGCGCCCUCAUAUGGGCCACCAGCAACUUCAUACGGAGUUCCUGACGCGCACUUGCCAGUGCCGAGUAACAAUUAUGGCCCUCCUGCCGACUCUUACGGAGCUCCGGCUCCAUCCGGAUUCACGUCCGGUGACUCGCACGGAGGUUCAUUCUCAUCGUCGUACAGUGCACCCUCGAGCUCGUACGGAGCGCCACCUUCCGACUCGUACGGGGCACCACCGUCCGAUUCUUACGGAGCCCCACCUUCCGAUUCUUAUGGGCCACCCUCUGACUCUUACGGUCCACCCGCCGAUCACCAACCCCAGGGUGAAUGGAAGAAAAAGCUCACGUGGAAAGAGGAAUGGAAGCAAAUAUGGAAAACCGAAUCGAAGCUGAAGUGGAAACAGGAAUGGAAGAAAGUCAAAGUACCUGCUUGGAAGGAAGUCAAGGUGCCCAUUUGGAAAGAGACCAAAGUCGCCGAAUGGAGGAAGGUCCAGAAGCCUGUGUGGAAAGAAGUUCAGAUACCCAUUUGGAAGGAAGCUCAAGUACCGGAAUGGAAAAAGAUCAAUAAGCCUGUGUGGAGAGAGGUGCAAGUGCCAAUAUGGAAGGAGGUCCAAGUACCGGAUUGGAAGAAAAUAUGGGUCCCGGAGUGGAUCACCGUUGGCGGGGACACGUAUGGACCACCAGCUCAAAGUGGAUGGCAAGCUGGUGGCGGCGGAGGUGGAGGUUGGCCCGGUCCUUCGGGAGGUGGAGGUGGAUGGCAAGGACCUUCUGGAGGAGGGGGUGGCGAUUGGCAAGGACCUUCGGGAGGUGGUGGUGGAUGGCAAGGGCCUUCCGGAGCCGGUGGUGGUCACGGUGGUGGCGGUGGAGGAGGCUGGGACGAAGAGAGCGGUGGUUACAACUACGAGCCUCCUCACCAACCCGAGAAAAAGCUCAUUUGGAAGCCCCAGUGGAAGAAAGUUUGGCGUACCGAGAAGAAACAGGCGUGGUCGACUCAGAAGAAGCUCGAGUGGAAAACCGAGUGGAAACAAAUUUGGAAAACUGUUAAAAAACAAGCUUGGGUGAAAGAUAAGAAGUUGGAAUGGCACGAAAAAUCUGUACAAGUUUGGGUACCCAAGAAGGAACAGGUCUGGGUGACGAAGAAGGAACAGGUGUGGAGAGACGAGUGGAAGAGCAAAUGGGUGCCCGUGUGGAAGGAUGUGCAGGUGCCCCAGUGGAAGAAAGUGUGGAAACCCGUGUGGGAGAAAGUUUGGGUUCCCGCACCACCGGAGGAACAUCAUGGUUAUAAAUAGAUUACGCUUCCAACGUCGAAUUACGAUCUGUGCAGGAUGAAGCUCGGUAGAUCGUGAUUCUUCACCAUUUUUACGUUUUAUCGCCACAUCGACGAUGGAAAUGAUUCAAUCGAUCGAAUGUCACUCCAUUUCACCGUUGGAACUUUAUUCAACACUUAAGAAUGUCUAGCAAAUACAUCGAUUACAAUGAGCGUGAUAAUGGCUGACCUAUGAAUCGUAGAAAUGGCUACUCUUGUGUCAGCUACUCGAUAAAUUCGAGACAACCGUGUAAAUACAUAGCAUGUGUAGAAAUAUAGUGAAAGACGUAUUUGCCAAUGACCUCGUUAUUUGCAGUUAAACAUAUUUUUGUACUCGUUUAUCAUCCUUGUUUAUUUUUUUUAUAUAAAUACUUUUUU